AUGGUGCAACAGAUUUUAGAGGUAAAAAAGGAAGAUGAUACUUCAGCUACAAAAUUCUGGUUAGAAAGUAUAGAAAGGGUUUUACAGCAGCUACAGUGUUCACCCGUGGAAAGUUUAAUGUGUGCAGUAUCAUUACUAAAAGAUGAAGCCUAUAGAUGGUGGACAACAUUAAUACAGACAGUUGGACCAGAGCAGCAGACUUGGGAAUACUUUUUGGUAGAGUUUAAGAAGAAAUAUGUUGGGGCCUUAUAUUUGGAGGAAAGAAGGAGGGAGUUCUUAUACCUCAGACAGGGCAGGCUUACAGUAACUGAGUAUGAGCGAGAAUUUGUUAGACUUAGUAAGUAUGCCACAGAGAUAGUUCCUACAGAGGAAGAGAGAUGUAAACGCUUUGAGCAAGGACUACAUGCUGAUAUCAAGAUGUACCUCACAGCUAUGCACAUCAGGGAACUUUUAGUUUUAGUGGAGAUGGCCCAUAGCCUAGAGCGAAUUAAAAAGAAGAGCAAAGUAGAAAGCAGAAGGGGCAGUAGAAGAGGAGCUGGAGCCAGAGUCAGUAUCAAGGACAAUCCUCUGCAUCGCAAACAACUAGCAAGAGACAGAGGGAAUUUCAGCAGACAGGGCAGUGAAGGCCACCUAGGCAGAUUCAGAGACCUAGGCAGAGUUCAGUAG